GUUUGCUCUCAUAUAAUCACUCCUUCCUCUCUCUCUCUCUCUCUCUCUCUCUCUCUCUCUCUCUCUUUCUUCAAAGAGUGUCAUCUAUGUAUGAUUUUACUGCUGUAGCCAAUAUGACCAUUGUAAUUCAAGCCUGUAACAUUUUACCUAAUUGUUAUUAGCAAGUAUGAAGUUUAAGCCAUUUUAACAUUUCACCUGAUUGCAUAAACGAGUACGAAUGUUUAGCUGUUUUAACCUUUCAAAAUUGGAUUUAUAUACCACCUGAAGUACACACACAUAUAUUUGACACCUCAAAACAAACACCUCCAAAUGGUUUAAACGAUUAUUCUGUAAUAAUGUUGUUACAAUGUAUAUUCUUUGCACUUUGCGAUUAUGUCUUCUCUUCUGCUGUACGAACCUUGCACCCAGCUGAUUCCAGACGCCAUAUUUGUUUACAAAUGUGGCAGUAUACAUGUGAAGUGUUACGACAGAAAAAGGAACCUGUGACCACUGGAGGCAUUAUGAGUGCAUGGAGGUAUCGAGAUGUCACUCAUGAGCUCAUAACCAGUAUCUUAGUUGAAAUUCCAAGUGAUGUAGAUUAUGAUGCAUCUGAGGCAGAGAGUGACUCCAAGGAUGAAGCUUCUUUGAGCAGCCCCAGACAGUCACGCAUUUCAGGAUCAUUAUACCAGCAGAAGUCAGCAGUAUUUGAUCCUGCUCUGGUCUGUGCGCUGGGGCCGGAGGGGCUCCAGAAUAAUUAAAUUUUAAAAUAAAACAAUUUUAAA